AUGUCUCUGUUCCGCACUAGCUUCCCUACUUCCGGCGACUUCGCUCCUCUCUUCCGUCUUCUGGACGACUACGACGUGCACCGCGCCAGUCGCCAGGCUACCUCCACUCAGGCAUUCAACCCUCGUUUCGACGUGCGUGAGAGUGAGGAGGCCUAUCACCUGGAUGGCGAAUUGCCUGGAAUCGCUCAAAAGGACAUCAACAUCGAAUUUACCGAUCCUACUACCUUGGUCGUGAAGGGUCGCACCGAGCGUGAAUAUCACUCCGAGGAACCCAAGGAGGGCGUCGAUGACGAAGCCACUCCCGACUCAGACACCCAAGUCACCAAGUCUGGCCACCGCUACUGGGUCAGCGAGCGCUCCAUUGGUGAAUUCCAGCGCACUUUCACUUUCCCUGGCCGCGUCGAUCAGGAGAAUGUCAAGGCCAGCCUGAGGAAUGGCAUCCUUUCGAUGGUCAUUCCAAAGUCCUCCCAGAAGGCCACCAAGAAGAUCACCAUUGAGUGA